AUUUAUUGUCUCUAUGGAGAUUUCUUGCAUGGCUUCCGCAUAACAACUGUUUUGCUGUCAGUAAUACACACACAAGGGCAUUUAAAGAAAAGAAAAAUGGCAGCAGCGAUUGGGCAGAAUCCCUUCAACCUAACAGCAGCGGGAGAGCUUGGAGCUCACCGCGAAACAAUGCUAAACAACGAAUUACUUCUCAGAACAGAGCUAGGAAAACCAAAGAGAAGAGGAUAUGGAUCCCCUGGAGAGGGAUUUGUGUUUGGGAGACCAAAUGAAGCAAGGCAUGGUGGAGCAGAUGAUGCUUUACAUGGUUGGCAAAGGACUCUUUCUACAACCACAUUACCAUUUGCAAGAAAAGAUAAAAAUGCAGAAAGAGAUUUUAUGGCUCUCAACAAAGCUGCUGUGCAAAAUGGUCUAGUCACUGCUGGGGAAAAUUAUGAAUUCAGGGCAACUCAUGAUGUCCGAAGAAAAACAGCUGGAUCAGAAAAUACUAGAGCCAGAACAAGAAGAAUACCUCCCACCAUGGUGUUUGGGAUAUCAACACGGCCAUCAACGCCCAUUUUUGAUCUAUUAGAACACAAGUAUCAGGAUAAAUGGCUACAACAGAGAAGGCAACAAGAACUUGCCAACCGAAAAGAAGAAACCCAGAAUCCAAUUCUCCCUGAGGCCAGGUUAUCACAAUCAGCAGGGCCAUACCCAAUACAAAAAAGAAAUCCCAGCAAAGUCUAUGAGACGAGGGCCUCUCUCCUUAGAACAUACCAGAAUCCCGUGGACCCAGCCCCUCUAUGGCAAAUGCCAAAGUUCAGGAAUUCUGCUAGGCCAUCACUGGAAACAUUCCGUUCGCCCAAAGCUAGAGAAUUAGCGUACCAAAAUUUCGGAUCUGAUCAGAUUUCCAGAAAAGGAAAGUUAGGCCACGGGGUUUACGAGCCUGCAGUCAACUAAAUUAAUGUCUUGACUUCUCAUCUUAUAAUAAAAACAGAAUCGUGGAAUAAUUACAGUUACUGAGAAAUUUCGGCAGUAAUAGCGGUUUUUAGGACAAGUUAAUAAAGUAUUAAUUAAUCUGCUUGCCAGUAGAGACAAUUAAUUGCAUGCAUUAGGUUUGAAAAUAUUAUUUGUUUGCCAUAUUUCCUCUUUGUAAUAUCCGUGUAACAUUUAGUUACCUUUUCUAUAAACAUUUUUCAACGUGAAAAAAUUAUUUUAUAUGGAUUUGCAUGCAUACAUAAGUUAUCAUUUUUAGCGCGUAUAUUUUUUUACGCCAAAGAGUGCAAAACAAAGAGUCUAACAAGACUUAAUUUUUUUUAAAAA